UUAUCUUCUACUUUAUUCAGUCGUGGCGUCAAUUUGGAAAAAGUUCACCCGUCACCACCGUCAACGCCGUUAAUUCUCGCCGGCUCUUCAUUCUCUAAACUCCGUCAACCCUCAAUUCUUCCCCAUCUCCAAAAUCCUCAUAAAUCCUCUCUUCUCUCUACUCCUUUGCAUUUCAUUCUCUCCAACAUCUGAUUUUUUCCGAUCUCUCAUCGAACUGCUGCGAUGUCGGUGAGUAGAAGCUACAUUUUGAGUAUUCCACUUGCGAUUUUGUUUUUCAAGUUUUGAACGGAUUUUUCUGCUGGAUAUUCAUCUGAUUUGAUAGCUUUGAAGGUGAAAACUGUUAAAGUUAGCAAUGUCUCCUUAGGGGCAUCAGAGCGUGAUAUCAAGGAAUUCUUUUCUUUCUCUGGUGAUAUUGAAUAUGUUGAGAUGCAAAGUGAUACUGAACGAAGUCAAAUAGCAUAUGUUACGUUCAAUGAUUCUCAGGGAGCUGACACUGCAGUUCUUCUUUCGGGUGCAACAAUAGUUGAUAUGUCUGUUACGGUGACUUUGGAUCCAGUUUACCAGCUUCCUCCUACUGCUUUUACAGCAUCAGUGCCAACUGGAAAGAAAAGUGCUGGUAAUUCAGAAUCCGCUUUUCAGAAAGCAGAAGACGUUGUUAGCAGCAUGCUCGCAAAAGGUUAUAUCUUAGGUAAAGAUGCUGUAGGGAAAGCAAAGUCUUUUGAUGAGAAACACCAGUUGACCUCAACUGCAACUGCUAAAGUGGCCUCUCUCGACAAAAAAAUUGGUCUCACUGAAAAGAUAAGCAUUGGUACUUCCAUUGUUAAUGACAAAGUUCGAGAGGUGGAUCAGAAACUCCAAGUUUCUGAUAAAGCAAAAUCAGCACUUUCUGCAGCUGAGCAAACAGUUAGUAGCGCUGGAUCAGCCAUUAUGAAAAAUCGGUAUGUUCUGACUGGGUCCACUUGGGUAGCCGGCGCUUUUAGUAAGGUUGCUAAGGCAGCAGGGGAAGUAGGCCAGAUGACAAAAGAGAAAGUGGGAAUGACAGAGGAUGAGCAAAGGCAGAAAAUGGUUACUGAUUUCGCACAGGUUCAUUUAUCUGAGUCUCCGAAAGCUUCCGAGUUCACAGAACAUCAGCCAGCCAAGCCUGCACCAGUACAAGGUUUAGUCCUUUGAGUUGAAGGCCCUUGUAAGAACUAUCUUUGAAGACUUCCACCUCGUACUACAUUUCAUUUUGCAAUCCACUGUUUUAUAAAGAAAUGGCAAAUGUAAAACAGUAUGUCCAAUACAAAUAUUUAGAUGAUUUAUUUUGUAUUUGUGCUUUUUACUGCUACAGAAUUUGAUUGAAUUGAACAUCAAUGGUAUUUCCAAGUAGAUAAAUUUGCAAGUCUUUUGUUAUGCCUUGACAGA